CUUGGAGAUCGCCGUUGGAUACGAAAAGAUACUUGCACGCUCUUCCAGAGCUCAGGCUCUUGGUGCCGUAAAGAGAGAGAAAGAGAGUGAGAAAGAGAAUUGCAGAUCUGGUACUGUUACGGCUUCGUUGCUCUCCAUUUGAAGUUUCAAGCUCUAGUUUUUCAUCAGUUUGAGGUAUUGUGUAACCAUGAACAUCUUCAAGAAGAAAACCUCUCCCAAAGAUGCACUUAGAACGAGCAAACGAGAGAUGGCAGUUGCAACAAGAGGUAUCGAACGUGAGAUUGCAUCUCUGCAACUAGAGGAGAAGAAAUUGGUGGCAGAGAUCAAGAAGACUGCUAAGACUGGCAAUGAGGCUGCCACUAGAAUCUUGGCUCGUCAACUUGUUCGUCUGCGACAGCAAAUCAUUAACUUGCAAGGGAGCCGUGCACAAAUCAGAGGUGUAGCGACUCACACACAGGCAAUGUAUGCAAAUACUUCCAUCUCCACGGGGAUGAAAGGUGCUACUAAAGCAAUGGUAGCCAUGAACAAGCAAAUGGCACCGGUAAAGCAAGCGAAAGUGAUUAAAGAGUUCCAAAAGCAGUCAUCACAGAUGGACAUGACGAUUGAGAUGAUGUCAGAGUCUAUUGAUGAAACAUUAGACAAAGAUGAGGCUGAAGAAGAGACAGAGGAGCUCACUAACCAGGUGCUCGAUGAGAUUGGUGUGGAUAUUGCUUCACAGUUAUCUUCGGCUCCCAAAGGUCGGAUUGCGUCGAAGAAAGUAGAAAAUACUGUUGCAAGCUCUAAAUCUUCUUCUGAUGUUGAGGAUCUUGAGAAGAGGUUGGCUUCCCUCAGACGCCUUUGAUCCAUUAAGCAGUGGCUUGCUCUAAUUGAUACAUAUAUUCUAUUAUGUAAAUUCUACUUAGUCAGAAAGUGAUUAUGAAUUGUAUGGACAAGAUAUAAAACAUAAAUGUGAGUUGGAUACGAAGAACACCAAAUUUUAUUCAUUCAAGAGCAUGAAAUUCCGUACCA